GGUAUAUGGGCUUUUAUCUUUCUUGGAAAAGUUUGAAAAAUCCUAAUUCUACCGAAAGUGCAGUUAAGGCAAUGUAAUCAGUAAUCUCCACCAUGAGUAGCAGAAAUGGGAGCAACAACCAUCGCAUCGAUGGGCGCCGACGAGGCGAUGGCUUCAUGCCGAUCUUUCCGAUUUAGUUCCCCACCAUCGCAGGGUAUCAGCACAGCUGCACCUUUCUUCCCCAAUUGCCCUCGAAGACUCCCCAAAUCCCUCAUCUCGUCACUCCCAGCAUCACUAUCACCAUCACCAUCGCCAUCAUCAUCCAUGGAUAGCGCUCCAGAAGGCUACAGGAGAAGCGUAGGAAUCUGUCUCAUUAGCCCCUCCAAACGGAUUUUUGCUGCUUCGAGACUCUACAUUCCAGAUUCUUGGCAAAUGCCUCAGGGCGGUAUUGAUGAGAGUGAGAAUCCUAGAAGUGCCGCCAUAAGGGAAUUGAGAGAAGAAACUGGAAUUACUUCUGCUUUUAUCGUUGAUGAGGUUCCAUAUUGGUUGACAUAUGAUUUCCCACCAGUUAUCAGGGCGAAACUAAAUCUGAGAUGGGGUUCGAACUUGAAAGGUCAAGCACAGAAAUGGUUUCUUCUGAAAUUUACUGGAAAUGACGAAGAGGUCAAUCUUCUGGGAGACGGGACUGAAAAGCCCGAAUUUAGAAAGUGGUCGUGGAUGUCUCGUCGAGAGAUAGUUGACCAUGUAGUGCAUUUCAAGAAGCCCGUCUACUUGGAAGUUUUGAAAGUUUUCUCUUCAUAUCUUUGACUAGGUUAUUGAAUUUUUGCUGUGUCAAUAAGAUCCAAUGUUUUCUGCAGAUUGCUAGGUCAUUGCAUUUUGUCUAACAUGGUACAUGAGUUUUGUUUCAUAUCAAAUACUAUGGGGCGUAUUUUUGUCCGUCACUAUGAAGAUUUUCUUCCUUUGAAUAUCUAAUUUUGAAGACAAUCCC